UAUGUUUCGAAAUCAAUAAGGAAACAUAUGUGAAAUACAUCCAAAUUGUGAUUAAAACUCAUUCAAAAGGUUUUCUAUUUGGAACUUAGCUUCUGAAUUAGAGUGUCUCACUGAUUAUCUAUAUAUUACUAUUAUUGUGUUGUCAGCAAUAACUCAUAUUUAUUACCUUAGACGUGAAUUUUGUAUGUAAUUCUCUAAAAAUAUGAUAUUCCUUUUCGGAAUUAUGGAUUUCUAUUUUUCAGGACUUAAUUUUCCUGAUAAGAUAACUAAUGAAUAAAUUCUUGAUUUUUUGCGAGUCCAUAAUGAAGAAAUAUUUUUGUUUUAUACAAAAAAUUUAAAGUCAUACGAGAAAAUUUUAUUUGAAAAAUUAAAAUUUCCUUAAGGAUGA